GUGGAAUAAUAGAUAUGUUAAUUUACUGCGAGUAAACGACGUGAACAAUGAGUAAACGCGGGCCAAAACCGUUGAUGUCUCAUGAAGAAAAAGUAGAGGCAUUAAAAAACUUUGAAAUUUUUGAUGAUUUGAACAAAGUCAAAAAGGAAAGCCAUCCUGUAUGGCAAGACGUUUGCAAUUUUAUCAAUGCUAAGUAUGCUUUUCCCGAUUCCAAGAAAAUGACAAUACGAAAUAUUCAAAAUUACGUAGCACAAAAUCGUAAUGGUGUUUUAUUUGAUCUGCAAGUGGGAAAUGUAACUCAAGAAAGCUAUUUUUCGGAACAAAAAGAGAUGAAAAAUCUUGACGAAGAAAAAGAGUUGCUUACUUUACAGAAUAAUGUCAUGUAUAAGCACAUUAUAAAAGAAGUUUCUACCUUUCCAUUAAAUAUCUUUCAUUGGGAAACAGAAGCUAUCGAUUUCGCUGCAGUGAAUUCUACGAAAAAUACAGAUUACAUUUUUGUACGAGUAGGGAAUUUUUGUAAAAAUUUUUGUUAUCAAGAUGGAACAACGAGCAAAUUCAUUUAUUUAUAUAUUUUUGGCGCAAGUAUAUGCAAUAAAUUUAUUCCCAUAUGCCAUUUAUCAACAGAUGAAAAUAGCACUACCAUAUUCAAAAGAUUUUUCAAUGAAAUUGUGAGAAAUGACGCACCAAUACCUAACAAAUUAAUAGUUGAUUAUAAUUAUAAUGUCUAUGAAGCUGCAAAUUCUGCGUACAAUGUAAAUGUAUCACUUGAAAAAUAUUUAACUCAGUGUUUUCUGUACUUAAGAGGUAAUGAAACUAAAACCUUACCAAAAUGUUUGAUUAUGACAGAUAUAAAAUUCUUAAUAGGCACAGUUUUGAAUUGGAACUGUAUUCAUAACAUUUCUACUAAUUCUAUUAAAUAUUUUUAUGUAUACUGCAUUGUUUUGCUUAGCCAUCAAAAUAGAUUGGAAGACUUCGAGGAUAUACUUUUAAAAGUAUUUGUUAUUUCUCUUAGUGAAUUUCAAGGUCAAAGCACACACGAUUUUUUUGAAGAUAUCAUGUCAAAAGUAAAAGAGUUGAAGAUAGACGAAAUUUAUGAUCAGAAUAAUAUUAAAAUUAUCGAAGAAGAAUUUAUAAGUGUUACAGAUUCUUAUACAUAUUCAAAAAUUAAUUAUGAAGAAGAAUGUAUAGAGAUUUUGAAUUACAUUGUCGAAAUAGUUAUAAGAGCCAAACAAUUUACACUGACAGAAAAUACCGAAUGGCAGAGAAAUGCUUAUUACAGUGAACAAAUUUGUCAAAAUUUAAUCAAAUGCUGCGUAGAAUUUGUUAUGUGGACAAAAGUGAUGAACAUAAGUGAAACUAAACAUAGUUUAUCAGUUAAUGAAUUGGUUCACUAUUAUAAGAAUGAUUUUGAACGUUUCUUAAUAAAUCCUCAGCCUUCACUAUAUACAUAUUUAGUAAAAAAUAUCGAAUAUUCAAGCAAAUCGUUAGAAAUUAUUAAGAAUAAUAUUCAGACGUUUAAUCAGACAGCAGCAAAACGAAAUAAUAAACUAGAACAUUUGUACCAUACUGAGAACUGGAUGGGGUAUAACAUAGUUGAUUUAGAUGAUGUUAGUAAUAAUAGUUUGGAAUGUUCCUCAGAUGAUGAUGCUAGUUCCGAUAAUUCAGAAAUUUGCUCCGAUGAUGGUGAUGAAGAAAACUACUCUAGUGGAAGUGGACCAGAUUUCGAUGCUCAAGAUAUCACAUCAAUUAUUGAAUCUGCUUGGCAAAAUGUAUCAAUCAAAGACUCUCCCAGGAUAUCACUUGAUGUCGAAGAUCAUACUCUAAAAUCAGAUCUUGAUAACAUGACAACAAACAUUAAGUCAAAUUGUAAGCAAGAAGUUAAAAUAAGAGGCACAUACUUGAAAGCAUGCCCAGAAAUAGAUUUAUUAAAUCAAAAACCAUCGUCAAAACUUAAAAAUCGAAAGAUAAUCAAAAAUUAUAAUUUAUUAAAACCAAGAUCAGUCGGAAAAAAAAAAUUAUUUGUUACCACAUCAAGUUUUUUUGAUUCUGUAUUGGAAGUGCUAGUAUCAUCCUACUUUAACAUACAAAAGUUGCAGGAUUCAAUAAAUGAAUUUUCUGAAAAAUUGAGCAACACUAAAAUGAUUUUUUUGAAUUUAUUUAAAGAGUAUAUUAGAACAUUUAAUUUUACAAAAUUGUAUGCGGAAAGAAUUAAAUUAAUCGAGAAUGUGUGCCAAUCAACAAAUAAUAAAUUAACAUGGAAUAAGUCAAUAGGAGAAUUUUUUAAAUAUAUCAUGUAUCCAAACAUUUUUAUAAAAAUGGAGUGUCUUGAUUGCAAACUAAGUAAUUAUCAAUAUUGUAAUCUAGUGGAAGUUUCAUUUGAAGAGUUAGUCUCUGAAAACUUGUCAGUUAUCAUACAUAAUUGUCUGCUAGCAAAAAGAAAUUGUUGCAAUAUUUGUUCAAACACAGAUAUUAUAUGUCAAUAUUCAAUAAGUGAUCUGUUUUGUAUAAAUGUGGAAAAAGAAGCUAAAAUCGUAAACUUAGAUCAAUUAGUACCUGUUCUAACAUUUUCUACUGGAAAGUUUAUUUUAACUGGUGUAAUAGCAUAUGAAGAACCCAUUGCAAGUAAUGUGUUACGUCACUAUGUUGCUUAUGUCAGAAGUCUGAAAGGUAUCUGGAAUAAGUACAACGAUAUUAAUAUUGAAUUCUCAAAACCUGAGAAAGUAAAAAACAAUUUAGGUAUAAAAGUAGCAUUAUUAUUCUAUAUUAAGUAUGAAAGCAUUGAAGAAAAAAACCAAUGUAGUGUUGUUGUACAUGAAGUAGAUGUUUGCGAGGAUAUAAGCAACAACAACUCAAAUUUACUGCCAGACUGCAAUCUGGAGAUAAACAAAAUAAUAUUACAAAAAAAAGUAGAGGAAGAAACUUAUAUUGAAAGCGAAACAGAGACACAUAUUCACGAUAUAAGUCCAUCCAAUGAUUUUCAAUAUCAAGAUAGUCUGAUGAACUUUGAUGAUAUGAUUGGAAAUGAAGUAGUGGUAGAAUUUGUCGAAACGAGUAUACAAGAUGUAAGUUCUUCAAACAAUUUGCUAUAUGAAGAUAGUUCAAAUUUAGAUAAAAUGAUUGAAAAUGAAGAAAAGCCAGAAUGCAGUAGUGUAGAUGCAAGUUUAAACAACAGUUAUACUGAAACGUGUUGGUCUAAUAAUGAGAGCACGAGCUCGGUAGAAUCUUCAUUCAAUGUGCAUGCCUUUCUGAGUUACCAUCCAUGGAGACAUUUAAUACAGAACGGAUCAAAAUUGCCCCCCAUUAAAUUGCCAACUCAAGAUGUUAAAUUAAUUAAUACUUGUCCAAUAGACUGUAUUGCAGAACUAUUGACUGCCGCUCAUUGUUUUGAAGGAUCAGUCAACUAUUUAAUAUUUGAAAUCGGAUUAUCAAAAAACAAAAAAAAUGAGAUUUUUGAAAUCAUAUGGGAAUAUUGUAUGAACAAAUCAAGAAAUAUAUAUUACACAAAGAGAAUGGAUUAUUGCAUAUCCAAACCGAAAUUAUAUACACAAACAAUAAAAACAGAUUAUCUUUUAAUUGACUGCCAAGAUAAUGUAAUUCGAUUAUUCGAGUCUAUAAUGUCAGGAGAGCUACUACACUCUAUUGAAAAAACGAUUACUUGCACAUGCAAUUAUGUUAACAAAAAAAAAUAUAGCAUACAACAUAUAAACACUGAUUUAAGAAUGGAAGAUUCUUUAAUUUUUGAAUUAGAAAAUUAUUUACAAACAUAUUUUUCGAAAAAAAUUAAAAAAUGCUAUCAAUGUCAAAAAGACGCUCGGUUAACUUACAAGAUCAACAGUUAUUUAUGUAUUGAAUUAGAAACUAAUUUCAUCAUUCAUAAGGACAUGCAGGCUCGCUUGAAUAGUAUUCCUACACGUUUAAAUUUAUGUAAAGAAGAGUACAAUUUACUAGGAGUAAUAGCUUUUGAUUUACCAAUUCAUGAAAAUGGUUUACUUCAUUAUUACGUAUUUAUUAGAUUACCAAACACAGAAUGGGAAGAAAGAAAUAAUUUGACCAAUAUUAUCAAACGUCAUUCUAAACGAAGUACAAUAACAAUUAAACCAGCUAUAUUGUUUUACGCAAGAAAAAAUGUAUAUAAACGCUCCUAUGACAAGUACUUAUAAAAACGUAGAACACCUCAAGAUAGAUAAUGUAUAUAUAUUUAUUAAAUAUAUGUCAUGCUUGACACGUUUGAUCAAGAACAAGUUAAAAGUUUCUGCUGAUUCAAGAAUCCAAUCUCUUUUAGUAUAACACUUAUAUAGCUAUUAUUUUAAACUUUGAACGCAAGGCUACCAAUCAGAGUAUCAGCUGAUGUAUCAAAUAUGUAUGCAAGAUGUUAGUUGAAAAUGAUGUGCAAAUCCACAAAGGAAAUAUAGAUGAUAAAAAUUGAGUGAAAAUCGUAGUUCUUUAGUGCUUUGUACAGUGUGUACUUAGAUAUACCUAGUUUUUAGUCAGGAUUCUUAAUCUGCUUACUUAUCAGAAUGAUAAAUGGCAGUCUGAUUGUUCGUAAGAAAGAUAGUAAGUUUUUCUUGUCAAUAAUGGCCAACACUAUUAAUAUGAAAAAAAAGAUACAAAAUACCAAGAUCACGCAUCGACCACAAACUGCUGUGGAUUACAAAAUAUAAGUUUUUUAACGCAUUUUGUUUCACCUUUUUAUAACUUCUCAAUUAGAAAAAUAGUUUUUUGGAUUUUCAAAUUUUUGAUCAACUACAACCAUAGUCUAGGAAUUCCAAUUGAUUACUUACGCAGGAUUUAAUUUAUCCCAAACACUUUAUGAACAAGCAAUUGCAGACAACUUGCAAUUACUGCAGUGCGAUUCUGGUUUGAUGGUCAGUCAACCUGUUCAUGAACUGGACUUCUAUGUUAUACAGAUGGAUGAGGAUGAUACUAUAGACGUGUAUCAGCAAACUUUGAUACCUAUAAAAAAUCAUUAUUUUAAUAAAGCUUAAAAUAUAAAAUUAAGAAAAGUAAGAGUCGUUUUUUGUGGCGCUAACUACAUUUUGAAAAAUAAAAUAAUAAUGUGAAAGGA